CCAAAGAUGCAAGGUGAAAUCUCUGCAACAGGAGCUGAAGAAUCUACAAUGAGUGUCCUCUUGUUUUUUUCAACAACAACCUGGGCCCUGCUUCUGUUGUUUCUAACCUUGGUUGUAGUGUAUGGUUACUGGCCCUAUGGAUUCUUUAAAUCAUUGGGAAUUCAGGGACCACAACCCUUGCCUUUUAUAGGAACACUUCUUGAAUAUCGAAAGGGUCUACAUGAUUUUGAUGUGGAGUGUUUCAAGAAAUACGGGCGAAUAUGGGGUUUGUAUGAUGGCAGACAGCCAGUGAUGUCCAUUAUGGAUCCUGCAAUGAUCAAAACUAUUCUGAUCAAGGAGUGCUACUCUCUCUUCACCAACAGAAGAAACUUCCGUCUGAAUGGUCCCUUAUAUGAUGCCAUCUCUAUUGUGGAGGACGAAGAGUGGAAGAGAAUUAGAAGUGCUCUCUCCCCCUCUUUUACCAGUGGCCGACUCAAGGAGAUGUUUCCAAUUAUGAAGCAACACUCUGACAAUUUAGUUGAGAGUCUACAGAGAAAGGCUGACAGUGGGGAAGCAGCAGAACUGAAGGAGUUCUUUGGUGCAUACAGUAUGGAUGUUGUCACCAGUACGUCCUUCAGUGUUGACAUUGACUCUCUCAAUAAUCCCAAAGAUCCAUUUGUCACCAACAUCAAGAAAAUGCUCAAAUUUAGUUUUUUCAAUCCUCUUUUUCUCUUAAUAGCAUUGUUCCCAUUUUUAACUCCCCUUCUGGAGAAAAUGGACCUCGCCUUAUUUCCAACAUCUGUGACAGAUUUCUUUUAUGCCUCCCUUCAGAAAAUAAAGGCACAGAGGGAAAAGAAUGUUCAUAAGAAUCGUGUGGAUUUUCUGCAACUGAUGGUGGAUUCCCAGAUACCUGAAAAGGGAACUGACCCAAAAGGAAAUGAAUCACUGAAAGGACUUACUGACCAUGAAAUUUUGUCUCAGUCAAUGAUGUUUAUUUUUGCUGGGUAUGAGACCAGCAGCAGCACUCUCACAUUCCUGGCAUACAACCUGGCAACCAAUCCUGACGUCAUGAAAAAACUGCAAGAGGAGAUUGACCAGGUCUUCCCAAACAAGGCCGAAAUCAGAUAUGAACCACUAAUGCAAAUGGAGUACUUGGAUAUGGUUUUGAAUGAGACUCUGAGGGUCUUUCCCAUUGCUCCUCGUCUUGAGAGGGUUUGCAAGAAGACCAUUGAGAUCAAUGGGGUGACCAUUCCUAAAGGGACCGUUGUCACAGUUCCAACUUACGCCCUGCAUCGUGACCCCAAAUUGUGGUCAGAACCUGAGCUCUUCAAACCUGAGAGGUUCAGUAAGGAGAACAAAGAGAGCAUAGACCCUUAUGUCUACAUACCAUUUGGAGCUGGUCCUCGGAACUGCAUUGGGAUGAGGUUUGCCAUCCUCCUCAUUAAACUGGCUGUGGUGCAGAUACUACAGAACUUCACCUUUGCUGUUUAUGAUGAGACAGAGGUGCCCAUUCAGUUGAACAGCCAAGGACUACUUGCACCUAAAAACCCUAUAAAACUGAAGCUUGUUCCACGCUGAAGUCUGCAAGAAUAAAUGGUCCACCACAUACUGGAAAUUCACCUUUUGAUUGCAUGCAAAUAUGUUGUGUAAGUCACCUGCAUUUUGAGGGAAUACAUAUAGUUGUUUUUGUUUAAAAAUAAUGAUCAAAACAGGUUGUCAAGAUUUUUUUUUUUCAAAUCCAAGCACCUUGUAAUGGUGUUGCAUUUCCUCUCAUUUAUAUAUACAAGAUCCAGAACAAUCAGUAGAAUCAUCCAGGCUACUUUGCUAUAUAUUGUUCAUGUUGAUUUUCAGAUUUUGUAUUUUUAUAUCUCUUAUCUUUAUUGACUCAUUUUGUACUAUGUAUACCUCUCCUUUUGUAUUGUCUUUUACUUUACUGAGUUGCCUUUCAUUUACAGUUUUCAUGGAUGAUGUUUUUUUCUGACACACACUAGAUGUCAAGCACUACUAUGUUACAAUGCAUAAGAACUUUUUUCUCUCUUCAUAAAGACUUCCAGACCCACAUGAAGACAUUGCUUUGGUGUUUAAAUAGUGACAUUGCCCUGAAGCAAAAGAAACAUUUUUAAUGGAAAAGUGUGUUUUCAUUUCAGAUCCUGUGCUAGUGCUUUUGUUUGCAA